AGAACUAGAACAGUGUAUGUUCUGUUCUGUCUGAUUGUGACACAUCAUCACCAUGGAACACUGAAUGUAUCUACAGGAAGACGGAAUUCCAGUCUCAUUCCCACAUAAACCAUUGGAAAGACCAUGUUGAGGAAGAAGAUGGAGCUAAAAACACAAGGCUUCACCAUGAAGGCCACUAUGAAGAACUACGUGGUGAUGGGUCCCCCGGUUGCAGGGGCUUUUCGGGAGCGCCCUUUCAAACCAACUACCUUUCGCAAGUUCUACGACCGCGGAUUGUUCCCGACGGCACUGAAGCAUGACGCCAAAGGCAACCGCAUUAAAUGGCAGGUGGAGAUCGAGACGCUGGACUACCACCACUACCUGCCUCUUUUCUUUGAUGGCUUACGGGAGACUGUUUAUCCCUACGAGUUCUUCGCCCGCCAGGGAACACAUGACAUGCUGGAGCACGGAGGCCCCAAGAUCCGCCCCGUCAUUCCCCAGCUCAUCAUGCCGAUCAAGAAUGCCCUGAACACGAGGAACCGUCAGGUGAUCUGCACCACCCUGAAAGUUCUGCAGCAUCUGGUGCUGUCUGGAGACAUGGUAGGAGAGGCUCUGGUGCCCUACUACAGACAGAUCCUCCCCAUUUGUAACAUCUUCAAGAACAUGAACAUCAACUCUGGAGAUGGCAUCGAAUACGGCCAGCAGAAUAGAAUGAACAUUGGUGACCUGAUCAAGGAGACUCUGGAGCUGUUUGAGCUCCACGGAGGAGAGCAUGCCUACAUAAACAUAAAGUACAUGGUGCCUACCUACGAGUUAAUGAGUUCAAUCCAGCCAAUGGCCACAAUGUACUCCAGGCAUGAAGUGGCAAAGAGCAAUUCCCUGCAUCAGUUUUCCAGAGCAGAGGAUAAACCCCUGAAAACCCGAUUCAGAAAUCAGCAGGCAGCGAAAAAACACAAUGAGCCUGAUGAGUCCUUGCCAAGAUUGGGCACUGGGCAGAUGACCCUCCUUCCAGCCAUUUCCACAGAGGAAGCAUCUGCGGGACAAAACCAGGAGCGCAACAAGCUGCUGCCCAGGAGGCCUUAAAUGGCCAAACUACAGCAUUCCUGGUCCACACCCCACUCUUCUACUGUCCCUCUUUCUUUCUCUCUUUUCUCUCCCCCUUCAUUUAAAUGCCUUCUCAUUCUUAUCUAUUCCCCUUUUCUGAGCACCACCACUGGUGAGCAUUGAUGCCUCACAGGUUGUUCAUGUUCUCUCCAUGUUUGAAAUAUUAGGUUAGGUUAAUAGGCAAAAAAAUAAAACCCAAAAAUAAAAA